AUAGUUGCCGAGAAUGACCUUCAACAGUCAAGGUCCGAGUGAAAGCGACUUAGGGAAAGAUGCUAACGUUUUAAUAAUGGAGCUAAACAAAGGUUUCCAGUCGACAAAUCUUGGGAUUCAAUGCAAAACAAUUGCACAGUUUCCUUCCGUUCUUGAAAAAUAUCCUUUCCCUGUUGUUAUAAACUCUAUACUAUUAAAAAUCACUCAGAUAUUCUGCGAUGGAAACAAUUACCUUCGUCUCUGCAUUUUGCGUGCAUGUACCGAGUGUAGAACUCACUUCAAAAAGCUUACAGUCUGUGAGGAUAUCAUCCGUAAAUUGCUACCCUUUACGGAAAGUAAUGACCCCACUGUUCGAGCUCUUACUUUACGUCUCUUUGGGAUUUUAAAUGAGAUAACUCGGGACCAUCUUGGGGUUCAUCAUGCCAUAUUGAAACAGAUAGAGUCUCAUUAUGAAGUUGAGUCAGAUGCUGCUGUUUGGGCCUGUCAUACAGUUGCACCUAUAUCCAGUGUCUUUGCUGCAAGUCUUUGUCCUAUAUUAUGUAAAAUACUAAAUAACUUGUCGGUAGAUAUGGAUACCAAGCUUAAGUUACUGUAUCUAGGAAAACAUAUGCAUCAUAAUUCUGUUGUCGCAGAAGAGAUACGUCACUGCUUGACAGCAAUGCUUGAAACUUACAAUACCACAGAUUUCGUUACUGGGAUUUUAGAUACUCUUACAGUUUUAGAAACCCGUGCUCCUUUGCAUGUCCAUGUUCAGAUCAACCUUCUUAUCAAACGAUUAUCUAUAGAGCAAAGACCUCAACUUCGUCAAAGUGUCCUUUGGAAUCUCUUAACUCUAGCUGAAAAUGUGUCACAUCACUUCGAGAAAUCCCAUAUCCUUGAGUUGAGUUCCCUUUACCAUGGCGAAAACUGUAGCAAAAUGGAUAAAGCGUUAGUUUUACAAAUCUUUUAUUGCCUUACUACAUCAUUUCAUUCUGUUGAAUUUCUCACAUUACCAUCUGGAAAAGAAUCUAAUUCACUCUCACAUUAUACUCCUGUUGAUUGUAUCAAAAGUGCGCUAAAAGAUUCAUCAUCAGCUUAUCUUCUGGUUCAUGCAAUUCAAUUAGCUUGUAAACUGACGAUAUUAAAAGGUGAAAGUGAUCAAUUAAAGUACACUGACGACGAAAAUUGUGAAAUUUGUAUAGAUGAUGAUAAUAUUGGAUUUGAGUUUAAACCAGGACAAUUAAUUCAACUCUUUUUCCAUCAUUUUAAUAAUCCUAUUAACGAAGAAGCAGAAGGAAUCAUAAGCAAACGAAAAGCACUAUGGUAUCUGUACGAUAGUCAAGUUCCAGUCGACGAUUUAAAGCGUAUUUAUAACCUACUUGUCGAAUUCUUCAGUACAUUUCCAUCUUAUGCAUCUCAGUUGCAUAAGAUGAACUUUCUUGAAGGUAUAAAACUUGAUGGAGCAAUUUCUACUGGUUUAUUAUGUCAAUUCUUGUGUACAAUGCAUGCUAAACUGUCACAAUUCCUAUUUCUUAAUCCUUCAAUAACAACAGUUGAUAGCGACAUGAAAUCUAUUCAACUUAAUUAUUCAAAUGUUUUGUCAAAACUGACCAAUUCUAUUCAUGAGAAUGGUUUAUCAUCAUCCACUUCUACACAAGAUUGUGUAACUUCUGUGCUUGCCACUGUUGGUUUAGUAUUUCAAUUAACUGGUGGUUCACCGUUAACACAGAGAGAACAAACAAUAUUGAUGCAUUCUGUAGCAAAAUGUUUAGGUGAAAAGAUCAGUAAUAGCGGUAGUAAUACUAGUACUGGUAGUAUUGGGUCAUCAGGUUAUCGUUUAUCACCAUGGAUUGUUUAUCAGUUAGCAAGACAGGGUAAUCGAUAUGGUCAGCAUGAAUUUGCCGGUAAACUUUACGAAAAAUUAUCCUCUUUGGCUAUAACAGAAAAAUCAUACUUUUGGUUAACUGCUCUAUCAGAAUUCAGUCAAAUGGAAUUCAAAUUGACCAAUUUAACUAGAAACUUGGAAACAGAUGUACAACAAACAAUGUCAACAUCCAAUAUACCGAUUGAUCAAUCAACACAACCUACAGUAUUCACAAAAAAGUCCUGGAUUGCUAAAUUAAUUCUGGGUUUAAGAACUGCAUCAGAAGAAGCUUGUAAAUUACAAACUACCAUCAUGUGUGUUGGAGGCAGUGAUGGACGUUGGUUUCAAGCAAAGUAUAUUCAAAUAAGAAGUUUAUUGCUAAUUAAUUUAUCAAAUCUCUGUUCUACCGCAUAUCAUGCAUUAAGAAUUAAACAAUGGUCUGGUUCAAUUUUUAUGAAUCCAUCAUGUCGAAAUGAUUCAUCUCAAUUCCAAACUGUUCAAUAUGUUUCGACUAAUAAUAAUAAUGAUGAUAGUAAUAAUAUAAAUAUGAAUACAUCAUCAAAUUUAGUCUGGCUUUCAAGUUGUAUUGAAUCGUGGAAUAAUUUAUCACAAGAAAUUUCCAAUCUUCGUGUACAAUGUUUGGAUGCUGAUCUUCAAACACAUAGACAUCUAGAAGCGUAUCCUUUACAUAAUUAUCAGUAAUUUUCCCUGUAACGUAUUUGUAGAUUACAUUUUUUUAACUUUGAACAACAGAACUCACAUAGCAAAUUUCAUCUUAUUUGGUACUUGUCCGACUUUCUUAAAUCGACUCAUGAUGUCAACUGUGAUAGUAAGCGUUCACAAUGAGUUUACUAAUACUGAUGAGUAAUCUCUGUCUCUUACAUAAUAUUUGUUUACUACUAACAUUUGUCAAGUAGAGUAAUAGUUUAAGUUUUCAAAUCAUUCAAAUUUUAACCAUUAGAUUGAAGCUUCGAAUUCUCCUUUAAUUUGUUUUUGGUUUAGACCAAGUGAUUAGUAUCACUAACCCUCACACCAAGAACAUGUAUGUCAAAAUACGUAAAUCUGUAUUUGUUUAGUAGACUAUAUUUUUUAAAUUAUUUAUGAUGCAAUUCUUAUUUUUUCAGUAAUCUGUACUAUGAUAUGCCUUUAAAGUGAAUUUUUCACUCCUAGAUGAACAUUCCUUUGAUUAAUAUGAAAUCUUACUUUACCAUUAUCUCGUUGACUAUUAAAUCAACUAUUCUGAUAGAUAGAAUUGUUCACGGAUGAUAUCCUACUUUGUGAUGAAUUCCCAAUGAUGUAAUUAAAAGUCAUGACUAGUCGAAUUCAACUACGUUGAUAGUUUGAUGAGGGAUGGUAUGAUUGAAAAUCGGUUACUGUAAUGCAAAUCUAUUCAGUGUUUGUUUUCCCUUAAAAUUAUGUCACAUUUUUUAUUCUACAAAUUCAUUCUUUCUUCAUAAAUCAUAUCAUCUAUCUUUAAUAUUUCCUACCACUACUGAUACCUCUAUUAAUCAUACUACCCAAACAUUUAUUUUGACAAUUGUAUCUCUCCGUGUUGAUAUGGUAUGGUGACUUGAAUCAGUGAGCACAUGUGCCGGGUCCUACAUUGCUUAUAAGUGACUGAUUAAUGUCAGUGGUGAGAUUAGAUAUUAUUAAUUACGCUGCCUAACCAUCUUGCUAUAUAUCACAAAAAGUUGACUGAAGUUGAAAAUAUGAAUUUUCACUUGACAUAGUUUUUUGUAACAUGCUUUCUUGGAGACUUGAUGUCCUUUUUCUCUUCGGUAGUUUGGUCCACACUACUAUGAAAUUACAAACUAAAACAAAAUAUCUGUCCAGUACUAUAUAUUUUUUCUAGUGGUUCAAUGGAUAAAUGUCUAGAAUUUGUAGAUCUGAACAUGGUGGAAUGCUCAUUUUUUCCUCGUUCAUAGUUUUCUUUUAGCUUAGUUCCUUAAAGCACUGUUAUGAUAGAAUAACACAGUUGGUUGAAUUUUUUAAUGAACUUCUUAGCUUAAUUGAUGGAUCUAGUUAUUCAUUAAAAUCUUCUUGUAUUGAAGAAUAUUUCUCUUCAAGGCAUGAUUCAAGUUCAUUUCAUACAUACGAAUCUGAUCCAUAUGGUAAGAUUGUACCUGUACUAAGGGCAUUAAUAAAAGAGUAUUUUCCAAAUACUAAUAAUAAUACACCAUCUAUACGUGAAUGGUUACCAAUUAUUAUAUUCAAAGUUGUUCAAUUAGCUACACAUUGGCCAAGAUUCUUUUUUCAACGUUUACAAACUACUACGGUACGACUUGUACUAUUACCAAAAGCUGGUAGUCAUCCAGAUGAUGUGUUAACUAUUAGUAAUGAUAUUUGUCAUAUGAUUCAAGUAAUGGGUGUUGUACAACAACGUAGUCGAUUAACGAAACAAACAUUAUUACGUCGUAUUACAGCUGUACAAAUAAUUAUCAAUGUGAAUGAGAUUUGUCCAGAAACAAUUAAAACAAAUCAAUUCACUAAAUUAAAUUGUAUAUUUUCAACAAAAAAGACUGCACAAUUAAAAGGAGAUUAUUUUCACUGUGAAUUUUGUAUAAGAUUUCCUCAGUCAGAAUUAAAUAAUAAUACACCAUUCUCAUCAUCUGUUGAAAAUGUCAUGAUGACACCAGUAAGUACUCGUCAAAAUGAUCGAAUAUUUUGUAUACAUGCACAUCCUAUUUUAAUUGAUGAUCUUGGUUCGUAUUGGGAUUUAAGUGCAAAUGCUGGAGCAUCUGAUGAAAGUGUACUUGUUCGAGUAGAAUCACUUCCUGUUGGUGCUCUAUCUACGCAUACAUUGAAUCCUUCAGAUCAACAACAACAUCAUCAUCAACGUUUGGAUAGUCAAGAGAUGAAUGAAAAUCUUCAAACGAUUGGAUCUCAUCAACCUACUUCAUCAAUAUUAACAACAGAUGCAUCAUCGCAUAGUUAUCAUCAAAAACCGAAUUUUUCCAAGUCUAAAAUUGUAUCACGAUCGUUAGACGGUUGGAAAUCUCCACCGAAAAAUCGUUCAAAGAAAAUAACUAGUCAUUUAAAAUCUUCACAAUGAAAAAGAAACAUUCGAACUAAUAGUAUGCUUAGACAAAAGUUGUUUUUUUAAAAAGAAUACUUCAGAUUGUGUAAAUAUAUUCUCUUGAAAAAUAUAUUUUGGUACUUCUGAAAUAAAAGUACAUGAU